AUGUCUACGAUCCUCUGCAAGGCAUAUGCAAGAAAGUUUCCGAAUGAAAGAACCUGGUGUUUGAAGCCCGUUUCGACUGGUCCAUUGGACGAGGCCGAUGUCAGACAUGUCACGAGAUUCUCGCCUGAGUCUAAAAUGACCUAUCUGUUCCAGAUUGAUGAAGCAGUCAGUCCUCAUAUCGCUCCUAGGUCGAGUAGAUUGAGCUUCCUCGGGCUUGAAAUUCUGGGACUGUUGAGCUUAUUUAUAAAUAGCCACCACCUGACUCGGAAGUCCAAGAACUACCUAGUCCUCGGCCAACUAGUGUGGGAGCAGGGCAUGACUUUCGGAGCUUUGAUCAUGGAAGUAGCAACGCCGCUCCAAAAGUUCAAGGUUCAUAUGACUUAUCAAGAGUAG